GUCUCGAAAAAUCGAAUGACAAGUAAGUAGGAGAAGAUCAUCGAGGAGCUAUAAGCAAAAAUGCAAGGCUUCAUCUGGUUGUUACUGGGGGCGCACGUCACCAGCAGCGCGAGGGCAUUAUUAAUAACGCAAUUCGCCUGGAAGUAUUUAGAUUACAACUGGGACUCGCAGCAGAGGAAAAAUUACUUCGUGCAGAACGGACUUUACGAUUACAGAAAUCUCACGCCGAUCGACGUUGAUCAAUCCGCAGAUGGCCGAACGUUCAUUACGGUCAUAAGAGGGCCAGGAGUACCGGCUUCCGUUCAUACGGUAUCGAAUCGAGUCGAUCGGGCCUCGGGUCCAUUACUCGAGCCCUACCCAAAUUGGUCCUGGUAUCGGGACGAAAUAGGCUGCGAGGGAAUCAUAAACGUCUACCGAGUGGCCAUCGAUAAGUGCCAGAGAUUAUGGGUGCUGGAUACCGGUCUGAGGAGCGGAUCGCACAUCUGCCCGGCCAAACUGUUGGCCUUCAAUCUGCGCGACAACAAAUUGAUCUACAAGACGGCGAUCCCCGAUAACGUGGCACAGAAUCGCCAGGGUCAGGGUCAACUGGUCACGCCGAUCGUGCAGUGCGAGCCCAGCCGUUGUCAGGAUGUCAAAGUCUACAUGGCCGACGUCGCGGGCUCCUCGGUCGUCGUGUUCGACAGCGAUCGUCUCGGCGCGCACCGCAUCGACGACGACUUUCGCGGCGUCUACACGGCCGAGCCGGCCCACGUCAACACCACCAUAGCCGGCGAGUCGUUCACGCUGGCCGACGGCGUGCUCGGCAUGGCGCUGAGCCCCCGCCAGAGUAACGGCGAUCGUUACCUGGCCUUCCGGCCGUUCGCCUCGCUCUCCGUGUACUUCGCGAACACGCGGGAGCUGCUGCGGCCGCCACCCGCCAACUCGCUCGGUAACGAUCGCCGCUACAACAAUGUGCAUUACUUGCGCGCGAUCGACGUUCUGCCGAGCCAGGCGACGGCAAUGGCGUUCUCUUCCGGCAACGUAUUGUUCUACGGACUUACCAAGGAGAUCGGCAUCGGCUGCUACAAUUUUCACAAGACCAUCGGCGGCAGGAGGGAUCGUUACCUCUUUAGAGUUCCUGUACAAGACUACGGAAGAUUGCAAUUCGUCAGUGGAAUGAAAAUCAUCCAAAAUCCCUCGAUACCGGGAGGCGAGGAAAUAAUCACAAUGUCGAACCGAUUGCAGAAGAUUUACGCGGGUACUCAGAACUUCAACGAGGUCAAUUUUCAGGUUUCCAGGAUCUCCGUGAAACACGCCAUUCAAGGGACAAUGUGCGAUAGUAAUAACAAUGUGUAGGAAAAUAUGUGACGUUAUUAAAAAUUCCCCGCAGUCAAACGCGAGUAGAAAUUUUUUGUUUCAAAUUACUUCUGCUCGUGUUGACUCGCUAUCAUACGAGCGCAAAAUUAUCCAAAUAUAUAUGUAGAGAUUAUAUAUUUUAUUAAUAAAGCCUUGUGUAAAUGUUAAGACCCGAUUUUGAGGUUUCACA